AUGGUUAUGUCUAAGUCCACUUCAAAGCCUUCCAGGCUCUUGGAUUUUAUGUUCUGCGCUGGCUUUGUGUUGGGGUUCUGUCUCUGUUUCAUGGCCAUUGCUUACUACAAAGCAUAUCAGAUCUCUCAGGAGACAGUGCCCUUGUCCUCACGGACCAGCAGCCUCUUGGUACACUACUCUGCUGUUGCCACUAAUGCCUCAGUCCUCUCGCCAUUGCCUCCCUCCCCCACCCCUUCUUCGGGUCGACUGCUCUGCUGGGUGUUGACCUCACCCCAGACUCUGUGGACCAGAGCUAAACACAUAGUGAACACCUGGGGGCCUCGCUGUGACACACUGCUCUUCAUGAGCUCUAAGCCGGAUCUCCUGUUCCCUGGGACCGUGCUGGCUCUGGCAACAGAAGAGGGACGGGCCAACCUGUACAAUAAGACCAUGGCCGCUUUCAACUUACUGCAUGACUGUUACCUAGACAAGGCUGACUGGUUCCUCAAAGCUGAUGAUGACACCUAUGUAAUUGUGGAAAACUUGCGUCUGCUCCUGUCUCGGUUCAGCCCAGACAAGCCUGUGUAUCUGGGCAGACGUUUUCGCCGCUUUGUCCAUCAAGGCUACAUGAGUGGUGGUGCUGGCUAUGUACUGAGCCGCGAGUCUGUGAGACGCUACGUCAGGGCCCUGCACCAUGGAACCUGCACCCAGUCCACCUCUGCAGAGGACCUACUACUGGGCUUCUGCCUCCAGAAGAUGGGAGUCCCAGCAGGGGACUCUAGAGACCACCAACACAGGGAAACCUUCCACCCCCUGUGGCUGGGUAAACUUCUCUGUACCGAAGACAUACUGCCCAAAUGGUUCCACCAGUACAACUAUUACCCUUCCAAAGUGGGUCCAGACUGUUGCUCCAAUUCAUCUGUAUCCUUCCAUUACGUUCAGCCAGUCAGAAUGUACAUGCUCGAUUACUUCCUGUACCAUCUCAGUCCAGUGGGGGGCCACAGCCCAAAGCUGGGUGAGACCAGAGAGGAAUAA